AUGAACCAUGCAGAAUGGAAUCAGACACGUAACGACCCACUAAUCAGACAACUGUUAAAGACAAUAGAGGAUAAUCACACUUUUAAACCAACACAGCAAAAGAAGCAUAUUACACGUGACCAAUUACGGCAAAUAAGGGCAAGUUUGAACCUGAGCGACCCUGAUAGUCUAUUGUUCUGGACCAUAGCACUUGUAGUAGGAGAACUUCCACCUAAAUCGCACCAGGAUACAACAAGAGUACCUACAAUUCAGGCCUUAAGAUUUGAGAAGACAGGCAUGCAACAGUCCAGCUGCCCAGGACAAAGAAUCAUAAGAUAG